AAUGAACUUUUAUUUACAUCCUUAUUUAAAAAUAAAAAAUAACACUUUUGUUUACAUCCAUUCACCUUAAAAGACAAACUACAUUUAAGCCAAGGAUACCACGUACAACUAACAAAAAAAUAUGAUCCAAUCAUAUCUAAGAUCUACAAAGAAUAAAUCAAAUUACUAAGCAAUUUUUUAGUUACCUUAUGAAAAACAAUGAAUAAAAUUCAAAUUACUUCUGUUUUUGUUUUACUAUUACUUUCUCAUCCUAUUACUUUAUCAAAAGCGUUUGACGUUUCUGAAGGAAAUGGUGUAAAUUCUAUUGUAACAUCUCUUCUUAUUAGUUCUUGGGAUAAGGUUAAAUACCUUUUGCAGGAGGUGCAAAACAAAUAUUUACCUCCCAAUUUGGAUUUCAGGAUCCAAGAGAAAGAUGGAGCUGAUGAAUUUGAAAGCCACGAUUCGAGCAAACGAAUAAGAACGGCAGCAAAGAAGAGUUUCAAAGAAGGGGAAGCAACCCUGGAAAAAACAGCUGAAUCCGCAGCCACGGUAAUGGAUCAUGCAAUGCACAAGGCAAAGGAUAAGGUGGAAAACAAAUUUUCUCAUCAUAGACAUGGAAGAGAAGCUGAUGAUGAACUAUAAAUUCAUAAUCAAUUUAAUUUAAUUAAUUUUCUAGCUAUAAUCUUAUUAAUUUCUUUUCCAUGCAUUGUUUUUACCAUAACAUUAUGUAUGUAAC